UACCAGAGCACUCUCCUCCUUCGUCGCCAUUGCUCACCGGCACUCUGGAGUCCUGGCCUAGCAUCUCUGAAGGCUAGUCCUUACGUUUUAGUAAACAUGACUGCCAAGGAGUACGAAGAUUCACGUGCCGGCUACGACGACCACCGCCAGCUACCAUCUCCACAAUCUCAGGACAUGGGAUAUGAUCCAAACUUCGUACCCGACUCUGUGAAGUCCUUCGUUGUUCACCUCUACCGUCACAUCAGAGAGAAGAAUGUGUACGAGAUUCACCAGAUGUACGAGAACUCGUUCCAGACCCUCUCGGAGCGUCUCUUCAAGGAGACUCCCUGGCCCUCUGUCGACGCUGUGUCUCUCUACGUUGACAAUGAUCACGUCUUCUGCCUCCUAUACCGUGAGAUGUGGUUUCGCCACCUCUACGCUAGGCUCACUCCAACUCUCAGGCAGAGGAUAGAUUCCUGGGACAAUUAUUGUAGCCUUUUUCAGGUUGUGUUGCAUGGUGUUGUCAAUAUGCAGCUACCCAACCAGUGGUUGUGGGACAUGGUGGAUGAGUUUGUUUACCAGUUUCAAAGCUUUUGUCAGUAUAGAGCGAAGAUGAAGAAUAAAACUGAACACGAAAUUGCGAUCUUGAAGCAGUAUGAUCAGGCUUGGAACGUGUAUGGCGUCCUCAACUUCUUGCAAGCUCUUGUUGAGAAGUCUUCGAUCAUUCAAAUUCUUGAGCGUGAGAAGGAAGGCCUAGAACAGUUUACGGCUACUGAUGGGUAUAGCUACGAUGGAGGAAGUAACGUCUUGAAGGUUUUGGGGUAUUUCAGCAUGAUUGCGUUACUGCGAGUUCAUUGUCUUUUGGGAGAUUAUGAGACUGGCCUAAAGUGCCUCCUUCCUAUUGAUAUUAGUCAACAAGGAGUUUACACCAGUGUUAUUGGAAGCCACAUCGCCACCAUCUAUCAUUAUGGUUUUGCCAAUCUUAUGUUGCGGAGAUAUGUGGAAGCAAUUCAUGAAUUUAACAAAAUUCUUUUGUACAUCUAUAAGACAAAGCAAUAUCAUCAGAAAUCUCCACAGUAUGAACAAAUACUAAAGAAGAAUGAACAAAUGUAUGCCUUGCUGGCGAUCUGCCUUUCACUCUGCCCCAAAAACGAGAUGGUUGAUGAAACAGUGUACUCUCAGUUGCGGGAAAAGUAUGGUGAAAAAAUGAUUAGGAUGCAAAGAUAUGAUGAUGAGGCAUUUGCUAUCUAUGAUGAGCUCUUCUCGUAUGCUUGCCCCAAGUUCAUUACCCCUUCAGCACCUAGUUUUGAGGAGCCUUUGGUAAAUUACAACCAGGAUGCCUAUAGACUCCAGUUGAAAUUGUUCCUUUAUGAAGUGAAGCAGCAACAACUGUUAUCAGGUGUCCGGACUUUCUUGAAAAUGUAUUCGACAAUCUCUCUAGCAAAACUAGCAAGUUUCAUGGAAGUGGAUGAAGCCACCUUAAGGGCUAUUUUGUUGACGUACAAGCAUAAGACGCAUGCUGUUGAUAGGGACGGAAAAACUGUAUCCAAUGCUGAUGUAGAUUUCUACAUUGAUGAUGACUUGAUUCAUGUUGUAGAUCCCAAGAUCCCCAACGAUAUGGUGAUUAUUUCUUGCGACAGAUUGUCAAGCUUGAAGGGGUGAUCAAUGAGAUGGACGGUAUAAAACUCGACUAAGUUGCCUAUUGUCCAUCCAAUUCGAAUGGACUUGUCCUUCUGGUUGAUUCAUUCUCUUUUCUAUUUGCUUUCUAGAGAUUUUCUAGAUUUGUCAAAUCUUGGGGUAGAGGAUGUUGUUAGCUUUCCCCGUGUAUUACUCUAUAUAUAUAUAUAUAUAUUGUUUUUUCAAACUGAUCUUAUUUAGGAAGUAGCGUAAAAUUCUUAUUGUUCCUAGAAGGGAUGAAGUACAUAACUCCUUCAAGCGCAUAGCCAGUGUUUUUAUUCAUGAUUCAUUAUCAUAGAUGUACCUUCUUUUACGGCA